AUGCCACCGAGAACGCGUGCUAGAGCAGGUGAGGGCGAAAGUCGGGGUGGUCGUGGUCGUGGCCGCGGCCCCGGCCGUGGACGUGGCCGAGAGGCGCCAGUGGAGGAUGAGGUUAGCCAAUUAGGGGAAAAUCCGAAUGGGAAUUUGGGGGAAGGGGCCGGACAUGGUCGAGGAGAGGAAGUUUCGAUCGUUCAAAAUCCCUUUGCUAGGGACUUCGUUGCGGCUCUUGCGGCCGCGAAUCUUUUAAACCCAGCUCUUAGGGAAGGUGCAGACAGUCGCGCCUUGUCGGCAAUGAGGGAAUUCAAUCGUAGGAAUCCACCAACGUUCGAUGGGUUGAGCAGUGACCCUCUUGUGGCUGACCAUUGGCUGGCCCAAAUCCAAAAACUUUUUAGGGCUCUUGGGAUCACAGAGGAUGACUUGCGAGUCAAUAUUGUGGCUGUUCAACUUACCGGGGAAGCGAAUGAAUGGUGGGAGUCGGUUUUAGAAUUGAGGAAGGACGCGAGGAGAGCGGCAAGGACUGCAGCUCAAGCGAAUGAGCCGGAUGUGGAAAACUUAACUUGGGCCGAGUUCGAAGUGCUAUUCGAGGAGCAAUAUUUUCCCGAAACUAGUCGAGAUCAAUUGAGGGAUGAAUUCGAAAAGUUAGAACAAGGAAAUAUGACCGUGUCAGAAUACGCUUUAAAAUUCCAAUCUUUGUCCCGUUUCGCACCGGAGUUGGUGGCUACCGAGGAAAGGAAGUGUAGGCGGUUUGAGAGAGGGUUACAUGAAACCGUGAAGAAGUUUGCUGUGGCACAACGCAAAGGGAAGUUUUCCGAGGUUGUAGAGUGUGCGAGGAGCAUCGAGACCCCUAAGGAGGCACCACAAAAUCCUAAGGCUUGGGAACCGAGGCAACCGGUAGGGGGUAUGAGCUCUUCUUCGGGGAGUUUUAAUAGUCAAGGGAGAAAGAGACAGCGAGAUCAAUUUUCGGCUUCGCAGGGUCCGUCAAACUUUAGGCCUCCAUCAUUCUCUUCUUUUGGGACUCGGGCAAAUCCAAAUAGGCCUUCGAUUGUGUGUCACGAGUGUGGUCAAGCAAGGCACAUUCGUGCCCAAUGUCCGCGACUUUUGGGUACGUGUUUUACUUGUGGGAAAGCCGGUCAUUUUGCAAGAAAUUGUCCACUUGGGGAAGGGACACGAAGCGAGUCUGGUUCGGUGCAGCAGCCGAGGGGUGGUCAAAGUUCUGGUCGCCAAUCAUUUCGGGGUAUUCAGAGGCAGCAACAGCCUCACUUUCGUCAGACCAUGUCAGCUCAGGGAUCUCAGGUUGAGAGAGGAGCGAGUUCUUCGACACCUACUCAGGGUUCCGGACAACGGGGUGGGCAUGUUCGGAGUCAAAUGUCUCAGGGAAGGGCGUUUGCUAUCACUUCUGCAAUUCCACCUCCACCACCUCCUGUCACUUCUCAAGCCCCAGAAACUUCGGUUGUGAGGGAAAUUGAGAAUAUUAGUCCUCCGUUGUUCGUUGAGACACCUAUAGGAGGUAGAUCGCCAUUGGAUCGUAUUUGUCGAGAUUGUGAGCUCAUUAUUCGAGAUCGUCGUUUCACUUUUGAUUUCAUUGUGUUGAAUAUGUUGGGGUUCGACCUUAUUUUGGGCAUGGAUUGGCUAUCUACAUUUUACGCUACCAUAGAUUGCUUCAAGCGUCGGGUCCGUAUUUGUCCGCCCGGGGGUUCUUGUUUUGAGUUCUUUGGGGAGCGUCGGGAACCAUUAGAGCCAUAUUCGUGUGGGUCUCGAGAACAAGAGUCAAUGUAUGCGUUAUUAGCGAGUUUGGCCUUAGAUGAGGACGUAUCCGCGCGUGGGGAGUUACCCCUUGUUGUUUGUGAUUUUUCGGACGUGUUUCCGAAGGAGUUACCUGGUUUGCCACCCAAGAGGGAGAUUGAGUUCACCAUUGACCUACUUCCUGGUACCGCUCCCAUUUCCGUACCUCUUUAUCGUUUCGUGCCUGCUGAGUUAAGGGAACUGAAGACUCAAUUGCAAGAAUUGGAGAGUUUGGGCUUUAUCCGUCCGAGUACGUUGCCGUGGGGAGCACCGGCUUUGGAAGACAUUCCUAAAACUGCUUUUCGUACUCAAUAUGGCCACUACGAAUUCGUUGUUAUGCCUUUUGGAUUGACGAACACACCGGCGACUUUCAUGGACUUGAUGAACCGCAUCUUUCGUGCCUACCUUGAUCGCUUCGUAGUAGUCUUUGUGGACAAUAUCCUUAUCUACUCGCCUUCGGAGGAGGAACACCAAAUUCAUCUAACUGUCAUUCUUGAACUUUUGAGAGAGCACUGCUUGUAUGCCAAACUUAGUAAGUGUGAAUUUUGGUUGUCUGAAGUCAAGUUUUUAGGUCACGUUGUGUCGAAGAAUGGGGUGUCUGUUGAUCCGGGGAAGAUAGAGUCCGCAAUGAAUUGGCAAAGACCAAAGAAUGUAUUCGAGAUUCGUAGUUUCUUGGGCUUGGCCGGGUAUUACCGUCAUUUCGUACUCGAUUUCUCUCGCCUAGUGGCUCCGUUGACUAAAUUGACCCGUAAGGGGACUCGUUUCAUUUGGAGUGAUGCGUGUGCGAUGGCCUUCUAG